UUCAGAACUAUGCUUUAAAAUGCUGGAAUGAUGAUGGGUUUUUGGCCAAGGGCAGAGUGUAACUCACUGGGAUAUACUGGGAAGCCCCUUUACCCCUGAAAUUUGCUGCAUUUAAUGGAAAAUGGACAGAGGGAUAGAAAGUGCCAGGUAACAUGGUAGAACCAGAAGAUGGAACACACGAAUCUAUUUUUACAUAAAGAAGAUAAACAGUGCAGGAAGCACACAAAUCCAGGAGCCUACCUACUGCAAGCCAGGAACUGGCUGGCCCUGGGAGUAUAAAGAUGAGGACAUGAUUCCUUGAGGACCACAGGUGUACAUGCGCAUGCACAUGCUAUUUUUCGGGUAUGUUUUGGCUGCUCUGCACUGAGGAGGGUCCCUUUAAGGGAAGCCAGCACAGAGAGAGUGGUGUCUGAAGAGUUGCCAAAGUGGAGGAAGUACAGACAGGUAAGGCUCAAUCUGUGAGGCUGAUUGGGAACAUUUAUUCCUGAGGCUGUAUUUUGAAUGGCUAGCAUAAAGUGGGCUGUGGGAAUUGGGGAAAGGGGGGAACUUUUAUUUUUUUUUCUAAGUAGAUUUAACUUUACCUUGUAGGCUAUAGGGGCCUUUAAUUGGCACUCUACAGAUUCACAUGAGAACAAGCCUGGGCAGGACCUCUGAAACCAUCUUUGGGAAGAGGUAUUUGGUUAGUAAUGCAGGAAGCAUAGUAACACAUUUAAGUAAUUGGUUGGUGAACCUGAGACUUUGACCUUGGGCAGUAAUUAGGAGUCUUAGCUCUUGUGUGUGCAUUGAUGGGUGGGGACUCUUCUUGGAACUGGCUUGGAAGGCUGUGCCUUGCUGGAAGAAACCCAGAAAUUGAAGAGAAUCCUGAUGACUAGCGUGUUGGGAGAGGACUGAGAGAAGCCAGACCAGUCCCUGAACUCUCAGAUCUUCUCGGGUGCCCUCUGGCCCCCAGGUGACCUGCAACAGGACCUCUGGUGGGAAUCACUGAAGCUCAGUAACAGAAUUGAAGACGGAAUCCACUCACCUGAUUCUCAGUUGAAGGCUUUUCCUAAACUGAGCACUCAUUGGAGGGAAGAGAUUUCUUCCUCAAUUGACUAGCGUUUUGUUGAAGUUGGCUGAAGCUUGUAUCCAUUGACCAUCCUACAAGCUAUUAUCUGUGAUUCCAACAAUGUCUCACCCAUCUUGGCUGCCACCCAAAAGUACUGGUGAGCCCCUAGGCCAUGUGACUGCACGGAUGGAGACUACACCUUCCUUUGGGACCCCCAGCAUUUCAGUGUCUACACAACAACCACCCAAAAAGUUUGCACCAGUAGUUGCUCCAAAGCCCAAGUACAACCCAUACAAGCAACCUGGAGGUGAAGGUGAUUUUCUUCCACCCCCACCCCCACCUCUAGAUGACCCUGGUACUCUUCCAUCUGUCUCUGGAAACUUCCCUCCUCCACCACCCCUUGAUGAAGGUUCUUUCAGGGCACAGGGAAAUCCUGGAGGCAAGACGAUUGAGGAGAGACGUUCCAGCCUGGAUGCUGAGAUCGACUCAUUGACUAGUAUCUUGGCUGACCUUGAGUGCAGCUCCCCCUACAAACCUCGGCCCCCACAGGGCUCUGCCAGUACAACAGCCUCUCCUCCAGUCUCCACCCCUGUCACUGGACAUAAAAGAAUGGUCAUACCAAACCAACCUCCUCUAACAGCAACCAAAAAGUCUACAUUGAAACCGCAGCCUGCACCUCAGGGUGGGCCCAUCCCUGUGGCUCCAAUAGGGACACUAAAACCCCAGCCACAGCCAGUUCCAGCCUCAUACACUACAGCAUCCACCCCUUCAAGGCCUACCUUCAACGUGCAGGUGAAAUCAGCCCAACCCAGCUCUCAUUAUAUGGCUGCCCCUUCACCAGGACAAUUUUACGGCCCAGGAUCAGGGCAGCAGGGCUAUAACCUUCAAUCAGUUCCUGUUUCUGGUCAAGGUCCACCUCCUCCAACACGGGGAGGCAUGGAUUAUACAUAUAACCCACCCCCAGGCCUUCAACCUGAGUCUGGAUAUGGGUAUGGCCCUAACCAAGGGCACUAUUAUGAAGCCUAUAGCCCAGCAGGGCCUGUGUAUGGGGGCAAAAAUGACUCUGAUCCUGCCUAUGGUCAACAAGGUCACCCCAAUACCUGGAAACGGGAACAAGGAUACACUCCCUCUGGGACAGGAAACCAGCACCCUACUGGCAUGUAUCCAGUUGCUGGUCCCAAGAAGACCUAUAUCACAGAUCCUGUUCCAGCCCCCUGUGCACCACCACUGCAGCCAAAGAGUGGACAAGCAGGAUCAAAGGGGCCUCCCGCUGGUCCACCUUCAUUCCGCCCUGAAGAUGAACUGGAGCACCUGACCAAGAAGAUGCUGUAUGACAUGGAAAAUCCACCUGCCGAUGAAUACUUUGGCCGCUGUGCUCGCUGUGGGGAAAAUGUCAUUGGAGAAGGGACAGGAUGCACUGCCAUGGACCAGGUCUUCCAUGUGGAUUGUUUCACGUGCAUCAUCUGCAACAACAAGCUCCGGGGACAGCCCUUCUACGCCAUGGAGAAGAAAGCCUACUGCGAGCCCUGCUACAUUAAUACCCUGGAGCAGUGCAGUGUGUGCUCCAAGCCCAUCAUGGAGCGGAUUCUCCGAGCUACCGGGAAGGCCUACCAUCCUCACUGCUUCACCUGUGUGAUGUGCCACCGUAGCCUGGAUGGGAUCCCGUUCACUGUGGAUGCUGGUGGCCUCAUCCACUGCAUUGAGGACUUUCACAAGAAAUUUGCCCCCCGAUGUUCUGUGUGCAAGGAGCCUAUUAUGCCAGCCCCUGGCCAGGAGGAGACUGUCCGAAUUGUGGCUCUGGAUCGUGAUUUCCAUGUUCACUGCUACCGGUGUGAGGAUUGCGGUGGUCUCCUGUCUGAAGGAGAUAACCAAGGCUGCUACCCUUUGGAUGGACACAUCCUCUGCAAGACCUGCAACUCUGCCCGCAUCAGAGUGCUGACCGCCAAGGCUAGCACCGACCUUUAAGUUCAGUGUCCUGUUCAGCUGGUUAGUUGGUGGUACUGAGAAGAAUGAAACACUGAAAGAAAUAAUAAGAAGAAUACUAAGAAAAGCAAUAGGAAAAUAGAAGAAAGGCAUUCAAGCUAUAGGAUGGUUUCUGUUCUUCAUGUAGUAGGAAACUUUCUGUAGAAACACAUAGAUUAUAUGAUUUUUUAAAAAAUUUCUUACCAACUACACAUUUCACAUUUAGUUAUGUAGGAUCUUGAUGGGCUUUUGUUCCCAAGGACUUCCACAUUUUUGCACAGAUUAUGCUCCAUCCCAUUCACUUCCGCAUUCCUGUACCCUUUAAUCCCUCUGUUUGUCUCACUUUUCUUCUGGUUGAAUGGCUUUUUUUAGUGUGGUAUUUGCUGUCACACAGAUUUUCCUGGGUGAGUCUGCCCACUCACAGGUGCUUUUAGGCUUGAAGUCUCUCCAUGCUAUCAUGUCCACAUUGCCUCUGAUCAUAAAGGAUAGUUGUUCUCUUUGUGUAUCAAAAAGCACAUCUUUCUGUUACUCUAAACGGGUCAUGUCCCUUGGCAGGGGAGGAGGGAAAUGCACAACUUGUAUGUUAGGGUAUAAAGAAUUUAAGUUGUAAAUUAGAUAAGUUAAAACAAGCCCAAAUUUGUAACAAUUCAAAUCAAAAUCUAUAGCUACCAGUUGUCAGGGCUCAUAAUAAUCGAUAACAGGUAUUAGUGAAAGAGGUCCAAACUUCAAUGUUUUUCUAAAGAAAUUACAUGUGGAAUGUGCUGGGGGGAAAAACCACAUUUAGGGUUAAGUUUGGAAAGCCAAUUAUUAUCCCACAAUAUCAUCUGAAGAUUCUCCUUUUUCAUGCUGCUUAGACACUUUAUAGACAACCGCUUUUGUCUCUAGAAUAUACUAUUUUCUGUACUGUCCUACUUUUCAUAUCAGAAAUUUUGAUUUUUUUUUCUAAUAUUCAAACAUGACUACCAAAAUUAUUUCUUUUUUUCUUUAGUGAAAGAUAGCUUUAAAUAGCUGUAAUCCCCCCUCCCUCCCCUGCUCUUUUUGCUAAUCAGGGCACACAAAAUAAAAUUGUGUAGUUUUGUCUAGUUUGCUUUAAAACAAACAAACAAAAAAAAAAAAACAGGAACACUUGAAGAGUGAAACCACAGUUUCAUUAUUCUUUUAAUCCUUCUGCAACUGAAAUUACAUAUCAUAGGAGACAUUUUCAUAUCAUUGAUGUGACAUUUCACCACAUUUUCAGAGACAAUCACCAAAAAACAUAGUUGCCUUUCUGAGCUAAAAAUAUGCAAAGUCUCUUCCUGGAAUCGUUAUUCAAACUCUGCCAGGCAGGGAAAUGCUUGCUUGCCGACUGUGGAACCAUACUUCAUUAGGUUCUAACUUGUUUCAUUUAUGGAGACACCGAUCUUAAUCACGGCAAGUUGCUCUCUUUUAACUGAUUACGUAUUUUGGAUUGAGAUUUCUUAAACCUUUCUUCAAAUCUUCCACAAGUAUAUACUUUUAAAUUAUGAAAUAUUUUAAAUAUACACAAAAGUAUAAAUAAUAAUAUAAUGAGUCCCUGUAUAUGUAACACCUAGUUUAAGAAAUCAAAUAUACCAAAUAUAGUUACAUUCCCCUGUGUACCCUUCCCUGAUUCCACAAAUAGAUUUUUCAUGAUUUUAAAGUGAUAGAGCCAGUUUUUCAGUCUGAUUUUUUUUUAACACGUAGAAAAGAAAUGAAACACACACACACACACAUAUUUCUGCAUGUUUUAAAUCACAACCCAUGCCUCAGGAAUUCCAAUUAAAUAUAUUUUACUUUUGUAAGAACAACCAUAAAAAUGUCCGUGUGUGUGUGUGUGUGUGUGUGUGUGUGUGUGUGUGUGUCCCCAAUAAGGAAUUCUUAAGCGUGUGGUUACUGUCUGUAGCUCAUCUAAGUUGAUUUGUGGCUCAUUUGCUUUGGUCACCAAACAGUUUUGUUUUAGAACCUCCAACAUUGUAGCUUUUUAAAGUUGUUUUUGACCACUGCCCUCUCCUUACCUUACUGCUCUUAUCUUUGAUCUUAAACUUCUCAUGAUGUGAACUACAAUGGGAUUCACUUUGAGCAGCAUGGAGACAAUAGAGAUUGUAUCUCUGAAUUUCUGUCUUCCAAAUGAAAGCCCAGACCAUGCUGCUGUUAGAUAAUCGGGUGAUAAUAUAAUCUGUUUGAAUUGCUUCAGUAACUUUGUUUUCUAUGAUAUGCUUGGGUAAAACUGUCUUUAGGCCCAACGCAAAGAGCCCAGUUUAUUAAGAAAUGGAUUUUAUCUCUUGAAUAGCAGUCAUAUUAUUAUACAUUUUGCCAAAAAAAGGAAGAAUUUAUGAAAUAUUUAUACUAUGAAUUGCAAUAACAUUCUACUUGUUUGUUACAUUGAAGUCCUUAUGUAACUGAAUGUUUACAAGUAACAAAGAAAAAAAAGUUAUAAGAAAAUAACUGUCACAGAUCCAUCACUGUGGCUGUGCCAGGAUACUGCUUGCUUACAAUCUUUAUAGUGCGUUUUUUAUCACGUAACCUCAGAGUAUCUUUACCAAAGAUUUUUAAAAAGUAAAUCUUUUUUAAUAUAGACUUAUUAUACUUUUAUAUAAUAAUGAAUGUGCACACAUACUUAAGCAGAAAUAUUUAGAUUUAGAUUUCUUUUUUCUUCACAAGGUAUAAUAAGGAAAGGAUCCUACAAUAUUUAUUCCAGGAUUUCUUAAAUAUAUGAUUUAUAUUGCUUUUUUAACUUUCUUAUUAAUCUUUUGGUUUAAACAAUGCCAAAUCACUCCUUACUGUUUUAGUUACAUGAAAUGAUGCCUAUCACAGAGAUUUAAAGAUAAUAUUACCUUAAUGAUGACAGUUUUAUUGUCUUUUGAUAUAUUGUCUUAAUUGUUGACAUUUCAAUUCAAAAUAAUAGAAAAGAUCAUGGAGUCGAUAAGAGAAAGUUGGUAAAAAAAAAAUAUACUGGUUUUAAAAAAUUGUCAAGAACACAAAUAUUUGGUAAUUCUGUGUAACAUGACAGACAUGGGAGAUGGGAAAAAAAAAAAAAAAAAAAAAACCCACUCUUGUCAUGGGCUGUGCAGAUCCUUUCAAAACCAGAUUUCUUCAUUGCCUAGAUUCCCAGCUCCUGCUGACUCAAUGUGGAAGUCCUAUGUGGAAACAAAAUUGCCUUUAAAAUGUAAAAAUAAGUCAUUGUUCCAGUAUAAGGAAACAAGGCUUUGAGAUGCUGGAAAUCUCUGCAGCUCAAAGAUGUGGGUUCUUUUUCUUCUUCUCAUUCACAAAUUGUUUCUGUUGGAGCAACUUCCCUGAUCAAAAUUACUGUAUUGUGGAUAUGCUGAUUAAUGCAGUGGAGUUAUCAACCCUUGUAACUAUGUUCUCACUAUGAAAGAGCCUUCAGAGAUGCUUAAAGUAUAUAGAACUCUAACUAUAUUUAAACAAAUAUUUUUAUCUUGGUCCAAAGGAAGAAAGAGAGCACUUCUACCAUGGGGCUGUCGUAGAGGGUUUUCUAGAACAUAGCAAGGACUCUGAAAACAACUUUCCAACAGUUUUCCUCAUUAGUAAAAAUCCUGUUAAUGUGAACCAGCCAGGGAUAACAGUGUUAUUUCUAUUUGAUAUGGUUUGGGCUUCUCUUGUCAAAUCUGUGUCUGCGGCCCUCUAAUCCCUCUGUUAUCAAGUUCUGAAGGGUGUUGGGGAAAUGCUGGCAGCUGCUAGGGAGAUCAGGGAAACACUGGUGUAACCUCACAGCCUCUCGCCAGUCCUCUUGGCUUAGAAAGGCUUUUUUUCCAUAUACAUUUCUAGAAAUAUUGCUAUACUACCUUAGUACUUCACAUUUGUAGUUUAAACAAGCGAUUGUCCAUCUGUUGCCUCGAGCUACAGUACAUGUGUGUUAUGAAAUAUGACAGCAUGUUCCCUACCCUGCUUUAGCCAUCUGUAGAAAACCAGUAGACUGAAAAAGAUAUACCUCUGUGAAAUGUUCCUCGAGUUCCUUUCCUGAGAUUGCUCUUUUGGUGCACUUUUGUGGGAGACAAUCAGAGAACAGCAUCUAUGUGUGCCUUAAUUUUAAAGAAUGUUUACAGCACUAGGAAUGCUCCACUGAAGCAUCCAUAACAUAAAUAUUAAUCCCUAAAUCUCAUAGGUAUCUUCAUCAAAAAUGUCCAACAAAAUCCAGAGAGGUCUGAAGUCUUCAUCUUAAACCAUGUUAAUAGUAUUUCUUUUCUCUUUUAUGUCUUGGAAGUACCUUAUGGAUUGAUUCCUAAAUUGGGGAAACAUUCUUAAUGGCCACAAGGUGAUGUAUUGGAUGUUGUUAGUGAUUAUGUUUGGUCUUACUCUGGUUUUAGUCAGAUAAUGAAGACAAGACUUCACCUUGGACCUUUAACAGCCAUUCAGCAUAUCUGCUUUUUUAAGUUGUCAUAAUUUUUUGCUUGUUUGCGUGUUUUAAAUUUAAUACUGAACAGCACAAGUUGAGAAUCCCUGUUUUGAGUCAUUACAGUGCAACUAUGAACAUUUCAGGUUAUUUACUUCACAGAUAACUAUAAUGAAAAUGUUCUCAUGAGGCUGUUGCUUGGAUAGCAAAUAAUUUCAAACCUUUAAAAGAUGAUCUGAUUAAAACUGUGCAACGUAGUGAUAAUUGUUCCUUCUUUUUUUCUCCUUUUUUCUUCUUCUCUUACCUUCUUUCCUCUCUACCCUGCCUAGAUGUUCAUAAAUAAAUCAAUGCAUUAUAAUCCUAUGAUAUUAUGAACAUAAUAAGAGAAGAAGGCUACCACAAAAUAUAUGUGGCAUCCAUAAACUCUUUCUUUAAAAGGGCAUAUUUUCCAGAUUGUGUUUAUUUGUAAAAUGAGAUAAUAGUCUUUGGUUUUUAUUUUAAUGAGCUUUCAUCAAGGACUCGGAUUAGCAUUCUUUGUAAAUUUAUUUAUGACUGACCUUCUUUUAUCAGGUAAAUGCAAAGUACUUUCUAUGACUAGGUUAAGAUUCUUUUGUUUUAAUCCAAAGCAUUGUUGACCAACAUAGCAAUGAUAUUUAUAGUGGUGGCAUGUUACUUUAUUCCACUAAAACUUGAUGAUUUUUCUUAAGACAAGAAAAAACUAUUAUCCUUGAGGAAAUUUUACACAUAUCAGCAUUUUGCCCGUGACAAUGAUAUUUAAUUUUAAUAGUUGAAUCAUAGUAUUUUACUUAGGGUAAGUCAGCACCAGGGUUGUUCUUAUGACUCAUAUUACUGGCCUUUGUCUAUUUAUAAAAGCAACCUGAGAACAAGUCUGGGUCUCAUAUUGAAGUAUUUUGUUAAAAUUUAGGUCUGAGAUUCUUUGAACACUAGCUAAUUCUGAUAAAAGUAUGCCCUUUUAUCCUUUUGUUUGUGUGUGGGGAAAAAGCUUAAAAUUCUAGGACUAUGUUUCCAGUUUUUGUUUCUAUCCUCACAUAAUUUUCUACAUGUUUUCACAAGGUUGGCAAUGACUUUCCUUUUGGGGAGGGUCACCUAUGAGGAAAGUAAAACAUAAUACUUAAUUCAAUAUAUAAAUGAAAUUGCCAAGAAAUAAUGAGAAGUCCCAGUGAAUAUGUGUUGCUAGAAAAAAAAUUUUGUUGUUGUUUUGGUUUUGGUUUUGUUUAACCUAUUUCCAAGAGUAAGAUUCAGGAGGAGGAGUGAUUUGAGAGCAGAGGUAGUGUACAAUUAAAACUAUGGCAGCACAGUUCUUAUAUAGUGUAAUUCUGAAGAUUUUUAUAACUUUUUUUUUUAGGGAUCAGCAAUCACAGUUGUUUAAGAAGGUAACAUACCUCCCUAAAGGUAUAUUUCCAAGUUAAUGAGAUUUUUAAAAAUCACAAUGGUUACUAAUAUAUGUUUUUCCCUGUCAGAAGAGAGUAAAAUGAGAGCUACUGCUAUCCAAUAGAUCCCAUGGCAUGGCAAUCACUACACCAGAAUUGUUAUACUGCAUGACCUCUCAUCCCCUCUGAAAGGAGGGCAUGGCUCGCCUCUUUCUGAGAGCUGGUGAUGCAUAUGCUGAUAUAUUCUUUGGCAAGUUGCACUACAUGCUGAGCAUCUCUGCAGGUAGAGUUUCUGUAUUUACACAAUGUUUUAUCCCUUUCCAAUGUACUUACCUAGUGAGCACAGUAAGUAGGAGUUUUUCUGUGGUUCUCUUGUUUAUAUCUUAUCAUCUACUUUCUGUAAUGUCUUGCCUAACAACUAUACUAUAAUUGAUUCUUUCUUGUUUUCUUUUUAGUUACAAACACAGAAUACUAAAUAUAAAAUAGCAUAUUUCCCUUCAACAGAGAAAGGAAGGACACUUAUUCCUUUCUCUAUUAUACUUUCCUGGCUCUUGUGCCAAAAAAAUGUGUGACGUGAUUGUAAUUAUCCAACAUGCAAGUAGCUUAUUUUGGGGAAGGCUGUGUAGAAAAUGCAUUUUUUACUAGACUCAGUGAUACACACAACCCUGGAAGUUACAAGAAAUUACUAAAAUCUUUUCUCUUUGUUUCUGAUUGUUUAAUGUACAGCAUUCUCUAACCAUAAUAAUAAAUAUAUCUAUUUCCAUUCUUUGUUAUAAAUAAAAAUUCAUAUUAUACAAGUGAAAAGGUACACUAGAGAGGUGGAAACUAAUUCCUCUGUAAAACUGUAAGAUACUUGCAUUAGAUUCCCUUACUGUAUGUCUUUGUUAACUUUUCCAAGGCUCCCAUCCACCUGGGGGCAAGAGACAACUUCAUUUUACCUAAUAGGCAUUAUCUAAUAUCUUGAAUGGAGGCCUUAUUUAGCAUCCACAAAUGCUUUCAAUCAGCUUGGCACAAAACAUAGCUUCUAAUUCAAUUCUCAACCCAAGGAAUAGAAUGAUCUACCAAAAAUGAGACUGGCAUCACUAUGCCAUCUUGGAUUACACCAGGGCAGAGGGCUAUAUAGGUGACCCCAAAUGCCAGUGUUGUUCCUAAACCCUUAAGACCAGCAUGACCCUUGGGAUUAUGACUCUUUAAAUUUAAAUUUCCUCUUUCUCUCCCCCCCCCCACCAUAUAUGUCAUAUCCAACAUCUUCUUAGACCAUAGUAUUCCCCACUGCAGUCCAUUCUACCUUUAGAGCCACUGUUUUCUACAAAAGUUCUCCCUUAUGUUGAAAAAAAUAUAGCUCUGGGGCUAUGCAAAACAAGUCUAGUAUCUAAAUCUUUGCCUGUAGGUCAGAUAUCAAUCACUUACAAUUUCCCCUCAUUUAUUGACAUGAUGUCAAGGCCAAUUACCUUUCUGCUUUUCCUUUGAACAAUUGGACCAAAAUAUACAAUAUUUCCUAUUUUCUUUUAACAUACCCAGUGAAACAUAGCAAUCAGUUUGCUUCAAGCUAGGUGAAAUACUUUCUUCAGGGUUGAAAGUAAAUGGAAUUUGAAUCACUGAAAUAAAACUGAUUCUUAGUGUAGACAUUUCCUCCACGGUCUCAAAUCCAAGAGAAAGAAUGCUAGAUAAGAUAGAGCUCCCAUGCAUACAAACUUCAUAUAUUGUAUUAGUUUUGAAGUUGACAAAACCAAAGCCAUUCUGAAAACAAGAACCAAGGUACAUGGGAAAUACUAAGUCUCUUCAACCCUUUCUUUUUUUUCCUGUCUUCUCAAAAAUAAGGUGUUUCCAUACUGAAUAUGCAAAAAACUCCUGGAUACUUUAUAGGUUCAACAUAUGCUGAUUUGUUUUGAGAUUCACUUCCAUUCUGUGUUCCAGUGUUCCAGACAAAAACAAAAAACAGUGGUUCUGGAAAACCUCAUUUUUUCCAACCAGUCCUGUGCAAAAGAAUGAUUAUUCUGUUAUGGUUUUAUGUAGAGAGGUAUAAAUUCUUUAUUAUUGCCCUGGGUUUCUAUUUAGUUUCAAUAACAUUUCUUGGCCGAUGGGAGGACAAGGCUUGCAGCUCCUUCCAGCCCAGUUUUGAAUUAGAGUGCCCUGUCGGCAGAACCUGUCAUCAGUCUCCUGGGCAGGACCUGGGGGUGGCUUUCUGAGGUUUAAAAUAAUAAUUCCUAAGAGAGCUUACAAACUUCUUUCGCACAUAAAACAGCCCUGGGAGGAAGGUUAUUAAUAGCCAUAUCCUAGAAGAGAAAGCUGAGGCUCAGAAUUGUUCAGUGACUUGCCAAGAGCGAUGCAGCUGGUAAGUGGCAAAUUUGGGGACAAACUCUGGGCUUGCAAGUCUGGUGUUUUCUUCAGUGGCCCCUCUCAAGGCACAAAGUGCUAGGGCACAAGGUAUGCUUCUCACAGACUGAAGUACUCCCAGUCCUAGGGCAUCCAAGAAAGUUCACAUACACCAUUUAGCUCCCAGGUGGCAAAUCUAUGUGUGCACUGUAAGAGACCACUUAGUGCCUGAGUGCAUAUUGUGUCAUCUUGUGGGAAAUGACUAAGUAUUCUGCCUGAUCAGCAAUGUGAUGCUGACAGUGAACAAAGGCCACUGUGAAGAACAAACAACUGUGACAGGGAAGCACACUGCACAAAUUUCCCCGGAGAUAGUUAGUUUACUUUACAUUAACUGAAAAGCUCUCGGGGACUGUGAGGUUCAGAACAUCAGCUGAGUUCCUAUAGUUGAGAAUUCAGGAAAGUGCACAGGUGACUUGACCCUUAAGACAAGUGUUUCCCCUGUGGGUUAUGAUGUAUGCCCCACAGAGGGAAAAACUGCUGUAGGUAAACAAUGCGUAUCAUUCUCUCUCAGUUCACAUUUAUUAAGGAAUUGAGCAUUUCCAAACCAAACAAGCAACCCAUGACCUUCAAACGUCUGUGAACAAAUCCAAUGGACUGAUUGUGAUCCUGAGAUGUGGCCUUAGCCGUGCAUAGACCGGACUUCAAGGACUUUUGUCAUUUUGUGACUUGUGCAUGCUGCCGUAGAGUUUUGGUACUGUGUUUCCAGGAUACUCACUGAGAAGCCUCUGUGUUAUUCUAGAGUCUGCCCUACAUGGCAGUUCAACAACUGGCCAUCCUUCCUCUUGAUCUGCAUCCCUUAGGAAGCUGUGCCUUUUGAUGUCUGCUCUUGGGUUUUUAUUUUAUCCCAUUUCUCUCUUAGAGUUGUUUGGCUUUCGGUUAAAAUCUGUGACACUAAUAGAAAGAUACUCUUUUUCAUCUGAGUUGAAUCUACUACAGGAAACCUUUAAAAUGAUCUUAUCUAAUAAGUUUUCCAGACAUUUUCCCUCCCUUGAGUCUGCAAUCGUUCACGUAGGCAUCAUUAUCUGUCUGCUUAUUCCUAGGUAUUAAUGAAGCCAAGUUAAAUAACAAAUGACCUCUUAUCUCUUUCUACUCUUCACACCUGGGAACUACAAUUGAGGCCAGCGUGGCCAGCAGAGAUGGGCUGAGAUGGCAACAUUUAGAUUUUGGGAAGGUGCCUAAUGGGUUGAAAAAUAAUACUUAUAGAUAGACAGAGCACCCCCACCCAGGGCUGGAUUAAUAGAAAAAGCAUUUUGAGAAUUUUGCAGAAUUAUCUAGAACUUUGCAGAAGAGACUCUCUUGGGUAGAACCUGUGACGUCUUUUCAGAGGACAUACCAGGACAGUGAGGCAGUGAAUAUGAAAAAGAAGCCCUUUUAAAAAUAUAAAAGGAGACAUAGCCUCUGAUUUAUCUUUCUAUAGUGUAAAGAAAAUUACUAAUAAAAAUGUUCUUCCUCCAUUCUACUCAUUAUAGUCCCCUGUAUUUAAUGAAAAUACAAUUGUGUUCUCUUUAAAACAUACACCCUUGCUCGUGCAUAAACACACACGCACACACACAUACAAAUACACUCAUGCACACACAAACAUCUUCCAAGAAAGCUGAUCCUUCAAAAUAGAAAUCUUAUUUUCAAACACUUGGGUUUUUAGGCCAGAAAAUUAAUACUUCCCAGACCUGACCCACUUUGUGUGUGUGUGUGUGUGUGUGUGUGUGUGUGUGUGUGUGGCUGCGAAUAAGAAAAAGGAAAAUUUAUUUAAAUUUUGUAUGGAUCCAAUUGUCUCUUAAAAUAUUGCAAAGCAAUUUGAGAUGGGGGUGAAAACUAAGGUAUUUCUUGCUUGAUUCGCUUUUUAUAUUUUUAUCUGUUGGGAAAGGGUAAGGAACUAUUCCUGGGUCAUUACUGCUUUGCUACUUUGUACAGUGUCUGCUUUGCUUUGCACUGAGGCAUAGAAUUAAUAGUUGCUUUCCUGACUCCAUCUCCCCUGUCAAGAGAGAGUAAAUAUUAAGCCUAAAUGUCUUUCCCCACCAAAUUAUUUAACUCUGUUGCUGAACUAGUUCAGAAAAUGUGAAACAAGGAGAUCUAGUUUUUCUUAGAUACCUUUCUCCUUUCUUUUUCCCCCCUUGGGGACUUAUGUAUAAAGAUGAGGGGAGCAGAAAUCCAGUUUCCUCCUAUUUCUUUUACUCUCUGGGUGACAGUUGAUGAUCACUUAGUAAUAAUAAUAAACCAGAAUUAGAAGAAUAGCCUAGACAGGUUAGGAUGAAUUUGCCAAUGUACUUCACUCAUUUGUACAUAAACUUUGAGAGGAAAAGGGAUUUUUACAAUUUAAAUACCAACAAUAGGAAUGAACUCAAAUUUUAACUCUAGUAGAAAAAGGUGAAUUGAUAUGUGGGCAGUAUCUACAUUUUACUAAUUAUGUAUAUCCUUUGAUUAGUUUUUAAAUAAAUAUCAUGUAUAUCAACAUAUGUGGGAAAUUGAAAGAAAUAAAAAAAGAGUUAAAAUGCCUUCCACCUUCCUCACAAGGUAGCAAAUUGAAACUGGUAUAGACAGUGCCAGCCUCUAAUUCAAGUGAUGUAUAUCCUUGAUGAGAGAUAUUUUGAAACUACAUCUUGUCACCAAUAGUUUAUAAUGAAGUAAUUGCAAAAUAAUUUUUAAACUACUUUCUUAUUCUACCCAUUUAUUCUUCUGGGAAAGCUGAUGAGCAAAUUAUCCAAAAAUUAUUUCCUUAUUAAACAAAGUCAGAAUAUUUUCCCCUGAAAAUCUAAAAUUAUGAUCACAUUAUUUUUCAGGAAACAGAUAAAAAAGCAAAAAGAAUUAAAGAUGAUGCUAGAUUGUCUGAUUCUUUAGCAUAAAUAAGAUUAUCAUGUGAUUUGAUGUGCCUGAAGUGAAAGUUUAAACUUAGAUACAAAACGUUCACAGCUGACUAUAGCACGGAGCUUUUACCAUUACUUCAAUGCAAUUGUUUACUUCGACUUUUUGUUUGGUUUUGCUUUUGCAACUUCACCUUUUCAUUAGUUUCAUAGAUUUGGGUUCUCUCUCUCUCUCUCUCUCUCUCUCUCUCUCUCUCUCUCUCUCUCUCUCUCUCUCUCUGUAAAAUUAUGAGACGCAUCCAAAUAAGGGAGGGAAAAACUUUCUAAGUGGCAAUGCUGUGCCAUGAAGCAGACGUGACAUCGUGACAUGAAGAUGCAGAUCCAAGGACAUUUUCCCUGAGCCGCACACACAUUUUCUUUCAUGGCUUUGUCACAGGCUUUUCUCCUUCUGUGCUGUCACCUUUGAGAAAAACGAUUGCACCUUCUCCAAGUCUGCCUUUUCACAGCUACAGUGGAGUUGGCAAGACUUCCCUAACUCUGAAUAUAGCCAUUUGCCGACUCCGGCCUCUGCGAGACUGACUCAAAUCUGUGAUCUUCUGUUCAGCACACACAUCAGCAAAGUGAGAAGAUGAGCCCUAAAUAUAGGCUCUAUUAACUUUACUUUUAGAUUUUACUGCCUUCAAAAAGUGCCUAUUCUGAGAAAUAUAAACAUUAUUCCUCCAUAUGUAUGAAUACAUACGGUACCCAGAGUCCUACUGUGCAGCCUCAAAAACAUACCAUCCGCAAAAGUAGGUGCUGAGAUAAAGAAACCUUACGGAAUGAAAGAAAGUCACUCAUUUCCAAUAUCCCCUCUUGAGUAGCACCGUGAAAUGGGCUGCAAACACAUCCCCUGAGCAUUCCUUGCUGAUACAGCCACUUUAUAUUUAUAUCCUCUUGGAUGCUGGCUUAUUGCUGAGGUUUCUUGUACUCAGCUUCAAGGGAAUAUAUGCUUUAUGCAAUUGGAACAUUUAGUCAGG